GAUCGAGCGAGCAGGUUUGGUGUUGAAAGUCUCUGAUGGCGGCCAUCCUAUCCGAUGAUCGUUGAUAUAUGAAGAGUUACCGAAGAACAAUUUACCUGUUUUUAGUUCUUCAUUCUUAAUAUAUAAAAAGAGAAAAUCUCCAGCAAGCACAAUCAAACAUCCGAAAGAGAUCACCAUUACAGAUUAGAGAGUUAACAGACAAGUACUCUUAACAGAAAGAACCAAAAACAGAGGAGAAUUCGAAAAGGAGGAGCACAACAUGGCACAAGCUAUUGUUUCGGCUGUUGUUGGUAGGCUAGGGGAUCUGCUCAUUCAGCAAGUAAUUUUCUUAGUUGGUGUGAAAGACCAAGUGGAGGAUCUACGGGAUGAGUUGAUAUGGAUACAGAGCUUCUUGGAAGAUGCUGAUUCAAGGCAAGACGAAGGUUCCAUAGUUGUGCGCACUUGGGUAUCAAAAAUUAGAGAUGCUGCAUAUGACAUCGAGGACAUCAUUGACAACUACAUCCUCAAGGUUGUGGAUGAAGAUGAAAACAGUACUCCAAGAAGGAGGCGAUUCCUGGGAUCCCUUAAGAGCUAUGCCUGCAUUUGCCAAAAAGGGGCAAACCUCUACACUAUAGGGAAGGAGGUUGAAGUGGUUAAAACUCGGAUCCGAAAGAUUGGUGAGGAAAUGCAAAGGUAUGGCAUUCAAAGGAAAGAUGGUGGCUCACGAGGAGAAGAUAGGAGGAGCCUUUCUCCACAAGAUAGAUUUCAACAGCUUAGAAGAUCCUCUCCUCAAGACGAUGCUACUCUCAAAGACAUUUUUGGAUUGGACAAAAAUGUACAGAAAUUGGUAGCAGAAUUAGUGCAGAAGGGAGAACAAUGCCAUCCUAUUUGCAUAGCAGGGAUGGGAGGCAUUGUUAAAACAACUGUUGCCACCUAGGUUGGUUUACAAUCAUGAAGAAGUUAAGCAUGGCGUGUGUAUCAAAAGACUUCAGUAUCAAAGACGUCUUCAAGAGAUUAAUAAAAGAAGUGAAGCCCAAUCUCAGUACAGAGGAAAUACAGGAGAUGGGGGUGUUUAGUGAAGAGGUAUAUUUGGAAGACAAACUUCGUGAGCUAUUGAAAGAUUGUACCUACUUGGUGGUACUUGAUGACAUAUGGGACUCGGAAGCUUGGGAGAGUUUGAAGAGAGCAUUUCCUCAACAGAGUAAGAGUAAAGGAAGAGUAAUUCUCACCAGUCGCAACAGAAAAGUUGCUAAAGAGUGUAUCAUUCACCAUCUACAAACUCUAAAUGAAACGGAUAGCUGGAAGCUUUUUGUUGUUAAAGCAUUCGGCAAUGGCAACUGCCCCACAAUCACAAAUUCAAGGGAAUUGUUGGGGAAAGAGAUGGUAAAGAAGUGUGACGGUUUACCAUUAGCUAUCACUGUGUUGGCUGGUCUAUUAAGGGGAAAGUCGCCACAAGAGUGGUUUACAGUGAGAGACCGCAUCCACCAACAAUCGAUGAUGAGAGAAGGCCAAGGGAAAAACAAUCUAGAAAAGAUUAUGUCUUUGAGCUAUAAUGAUUUACCUUAUCAGUUGGAAUCAAUUACAAAUAUCAAAUUGUUGAGGGUGCUUGACCUAUCAAAGUCUAGAUUUCAAGAUAGCACUAUGAGGUUGCCUGAUGCAUUGGGAAAGUUGAUUCACUUAAGGUAUUUGCUAUUGCCUGAUGCCUUGGCAAAGCUUCCAUCAUCCAUAGAGAGCUUGCGGAGCUUACAGACCUUAGACUUUGGUUGGAGUACUGGCUGUCGUUGGUCUGAUAUAGCUGUUGGUGCUUUAUCGAAGCUGACACAAUUAAGGCACUUGAGUUUCAGUUGGAAUUACUAGGAUGGUUUGGACGAAGAGGAGGUUGUUGCUUUGCCACGAAUUGACACCCUAACCAACCUCCAAACUCUAAGGUGGGUGGAUGGCCUGGUUUGGAAACAAAAUGAGAUGGCCAAGUUGAUCAAUCUCCGAGAACUGAAGAUAAAAAAUAUAAAGCGGACAUCAGAAGCGGAGUUGUAUUUGUCAUCAAUUACUAAGUUGGACAGAAUUCAAUCAUUGGAUCUGCAUCUAUCAACUGAUCAAGAGUAUGUGGCAUUUCCAACGCUGGUACCCCUGUCCCAUUGUCAUCACCUUCGAGUUCUGAGCUUGGAUGGAAAGAUAGAAAGGCUACCAGAAGAUCCGUACGAUGAAUUCCCACCCAGAUUGGCUGAAUUAACGUUGAGGAAUUCACGUCUAGGGCCAGACGCAAUUGCCACAUUGGAAAAAUUGCCUAACUUGAUGUUCCUUUUUUUAAAUGAAAGAUCAUACGUGGGGACCAAAAUAAUAUGUUCUGGACAGGGGUUUCCCAAACUCCGUAUCUUCCGAACCCAGCGUCUAAUAAAAAUAGAGGAGUGGGAAAUCAAAGGCAGGAGCAUUACCGAAGCUUAACCUUCUACGGAUCAUGGGUUGUUACAAUUUGAAAAAGAUACCCAUGGGAUUGAGGUU